GGGCUGGGCGCCCCGGUGACCCGCUGCCCCCACAGGGCUCAGGAGGUGAAGGAGAGCCCCUUCUUCCGCUCCCUGGACUGGCAGAUGGUUUUCUUGCAGAAGUACCCGCCCCCUCUGGUCCCCCCACGGGGAGAGGUGAACGCUGCCGACGCCUUCGACAUCGGCUCCUUCGACGAGGAGGACACCAAAGGAAUCAAGUUACUGGACAGCGACCAGGAGCUCUACCGCAACUUCCCCCUCACCAUCUCGGAGCGGUGGCAGCAGGAGGUGGCCGAGACCGUGUUCGACGCCAUCAACGCCGAGACCGACCGGCUAGAGACCCGGAAGAAGACCAAAAACAAACAGCUGGGCCACGAGGAAGGUGAGAGCGACCCCGAGCUGGUGCAGUGGAAGAAGGAGCUGCGGGACGCCUACCGGGAGGCCCAGCAGCUGGUGCAGCGGGUGCCCAAGAUGAAGAACAAGCCGCGCUCGCCCGUGGUGGAGCUGAGCAAGGUGCCCCUGGUCCAGCGGGGCAGCGCCAACGGCCUCUGA